AUGUUCAAAACUGCAGCAACGAAACUUGCGCACAAUUCGACUUUACCAUCCUUAGCUGGUCACAGCGAUAUACGUCCUCUUCAGGACCUUAUCACAGCGGAGAAAGCUGUGUUGAUAUCGCUCCAGAAACUCAGCGUGGACUUGACGAAGGCUGCGGAAGCAUUGCGAACGUGGGGCGCCGGAGAGGGAGAAGAUCUUGGAGAUGCACUGGGCGCAUCAACUUCAAUUAUAGCCCACUUCACCCAUGCUUUAACGUCGUAUGCUACACACGAGCAUGCCAUUCGGGACCAUAUGAAGUCUAUACGAGCACGAGAAGAAGCCCUUGACGAUCUAAAGCGAAAGAGAAAGGUCAUUGUCGGAAAGGCCGAGACUGCGGAGCGGAAGCUUAGCAAGAUGAGUCCCGAACACAAGAACCUCGCGAUGCAGACGGACACCCUCAACCAGCUCCGAGAUCAGAUUCGGUCCUUGGACUCUGAUAUCAUGACGGGGGAAGCAUCGCUGGGAGACUUCAAGCGGUCUACGACACGGUCAAUGAUGGGAUUGAAAUUUGGAGGUUUGCUCGAGUUGAGCGAAAAGGGAGUGAUUGUAGGAGACUACGGAAAACUGGUUGUCUCGGAGAUUCCAGAGGAUGUGACCCAACCUGGAAUGCCUAGAUUGAUGUACACUGGCCACCCCAAGGUGGAGAUGCUCGUAUCAGAAACGUACAAGGCCGUUAAUCAGGUUGGCUUCUCUACGGUCGCGUCGGACCUCCGAGAGCAGCAGCGACCUCCUAUACCUUCCCUUCCCAGCUCACCGGCCCGACCAGCUAGAAUGGACGAAGCACCAUCGAGCUCUACCUUUUUAUUUGCACCACAGGGUAUGAACGGAGGUCAUUUCCUCGAUGCGUCAGACGCGCCAAGCCCAUCCAACAGUCCUUCAACGUCUGUGCUUCGGAAGGACUCGCUUGGAGACAAUUUUGGUCCCCGGAAGAAAGAAACGGAAGCAUAUGGGUAUUCUGGUUCGGCCCCACCCAGUUCUUUCCCUGUUAAGACACCCUUUAGCAUUGAAACUCCUUUGCUCAAGAGUCACGAACCCGAACUAUCCUUCUCAUCGUCUAUUGCUGAAGCAUUGAAAUCCCCGGGUUUUGGGAACCCCAUCGAUGAGCCGGCGCCAUCCUACGAAGUCUCUCACUCACAUUUGUAUGCUCCGCCCCCUGGUCCACCUCUUGGUGCGGCGGUGCUCGGUUCUGAGCCAGGUUCGCGCCGGGUAUCAACAGCCUUAUCCGAUGAUGCUGAGCUUGCUUAUGUAGCGGGUGAAGAGGACACUACGCAUGAGCACGGAGAUGAUAGGCAUGUUCGAUUUGGGCGCGUCGGCGAUGUCGACGAGGAGAAGGCGAGACCUCAAGUCCAGGUGGAACCAGAGCCUAAGAAGGACUCUCCUAUAGGUCGUUCUCCUCGUCGGAUUCCUGUGCCUCCAGUGUCCACAGAAGAUGAAGAACGAGAACUGAAUGCAGCCGCUGCCAGGGAAGUCAGCAGAGAACUGGAUGCACUCACAUUUAAUCCGCCUCUACCACCGCCUUCUCCACGAAAAGACUCUGAAGAAUCUCCGGAGCGUGGUCGUCCCCUAAUCCCUGCUCCUUCUUCGCUUGGUUAUGGACCACCUCCAAAUCGCGAGCCGUCUCCUCUUGCUCCUCCUUCCGCUCCGUUUGCCACUCGUUCGAUCUCCAAUAUUGAGACUACCGUGCCUACUCCAGCGCAGUCGUAUGCACAAGCGCAUCGCUCAUCAAGUUCAUUUGGAUCGCGCAACGAAGGCGCGAGCAGCCCAUUAGUCGAAAGCCGUCCUUUACCGCCCACCAUCCAUCUUCAAGGCGGUCGAUCUUCUCCUGGUCCCUCUCUCAACUCUCCCUACCGCACCAAUGCCCCCGAGUUCCCUACUCCCCGGCCAGCCUUUGCAGGGCGUGUUAGAUCAUCUUCGUCCAGUUCCUCAUCUGCACAGCUCCCAUCUGGUGCGCGGACCAUAUCUGCCGCUGCGUUCCGGCGACCACCACCUAGGGUGACGAGCAAUGGAGGCUCAGUCGAUAUCAGCAGUAGCCCAACUGCAAGCUUAGGCUUAGGAGCGUCGCCUCCUCUACCUCCCGUUCCUGUCCCUGGACCUGCAGAUACGAGUCCGUUGUCGUUCAGCAAGAAACGGUCGGCUGUUGGGGGUUCACCUUUGCCAUCCAACAGAGGUAGCGGGCCAGUUCUUCCUCCAGCUCAGGAUGGCAGGAGAAACAGUUUUGUGGAGAGGGAACGGUCUGAUUCGCCAGUAUCAGAAGAAUAUGAUUACCUCGAUGCAUAUGUGGACGAACAUGAGACGAAUAGGAAGUCGCUACCUCCCGCAGACGGAAGCCCGAUGCAGCAAGACUUUGGGUCUUUAGGGAACGUCAAGGUUAUGAAUGACGACGGGUCGCCAAGCAAGGGAGGGUAUGGAGAAGGCAAGUUCGCCACGGAUCUGGAGGGGGGAUUGCGGUGA